UUUAUUCCAUUAAUGAUCAAUCUAGUAGUUAAAUUCUUUUUGUAUCAGACGCCAGGCAGGAAAAAAAAUCUCCGUCAAAUCUCGAUUUUUUUGGUGGAUAGGUUUUGAAGCCUGGCCACACCGAAAUAUUUUAUUGAUCGAUCGAAAUUCGAAGCACAAAAAUGGAUCGCACAAACUACUAGCUUAUUAAUUAUUUUCAUUGAAAAUACAUUUAAAACAAACAAAAUGGGAACGCAGAAACCUGGAGAAUGGGCUAAUUCGCUCAUUGCCCGAUUCGAAGAACAACUACCAUACAAAACGGGGGCUCAGAACCUCCAUUCUCGUAUAAAUGAAGAACAGUGCAAAGCAUGUUUAGUUCAGAUAAGUCGGCAUCGCUUCUCUUUGGUGAUUGCUGGCUUAACAAAAAUAUUGCAGAGAGUCAAUGAAUUGCAUCAACCAACGACCACUACAUGCGUCAACCGGCCUCAAACGGAGCUGGAGAAGGGUUACCAUGAUAGUUUAGUAAUAGUCUUAGACACACUAGAGAUAUGCCUCAGCUCUCAGCCCAAGGACACGGCGAAAUACGAGGAAGCGAUGAACGUUAAGAUCUUAUUGCGAGAAGUUUGCCAAUUUAUUGAUCUCCGAAACGAGAGCAAUGUCAACAGCACCCUCCUCAGGCAAUUAGCGAGUAAAGUACUAUUCGCUCUCAGUCUCAAUUUUUUCAAUGCAGUUUUCAAUAAGAUAAGCGCACGAUUACAGGAAUUAGCAUCUAGCUCAGAAGAAAACCCCGAUUACACUGAUAUAGAGCUGAUACAGCACGUCAAUGUUGACAUAUUGAGGCUUAUACGACUUUUGACAGAAUCUAUUCAAAAGUUUAAAUUGUUAAGAAAAUCAGCGCGUAUAGUACUCGUUGUGUCGCUGGAGAAAGCUGUCUGGAAUUGGAUGGACACAUACCCGCAGGAAUUCGCAGAAGUCCAAUGCCGGCCUAAUGAUGAAUUAAGUAACUGCUGCGCCACACUCUUCGACAUCCUACAAGAUAGUUUCUCGGACAACAAGAAGUCGAGGGUGGCGAUGUGGCCGCUGCAGAUUAUGUUAUUGAUUUUGAAUCCUAAAGUUCUGGAAGAAAUAGUGAACGCUGACAGCGGGGCGCCGUGCAGUCCGCGACACACGAAGAAGAAGCACUUCGUAGACACUGUUAAGCGCGGACUUAGCCCCCAAAACAAUUCGAAGCAGAUGACAGAAGCAGCAAUAGUGACGUGCGUUAAGCUCUGCAAGGCCUCGACUUACCUGAACAUAGCUGACUCCGGCAACGUUACCUUCGUGCUCGUCAAAUCCGUCAUUAAUGACCUUAAGUCGCUGCUGUUCAACCCCAACAAGCCGUACGCUCGCGGCGCGCCGUGCCCCGGGUACUCGGAGCUGGACCUGCUGACGGACUGCUUCGUGUCGCUGUUCCGCAUCACGCCGCACUCCAACGACACGCUCAAGGUGUGCCUGAACCUCGUCACCAACAUCUCCUACCACUACGUCAUCGUCGACUCGCUACUCAGGAUAAUCAAACAGCCUCGAUUGCCGUGGUGGCCGCAAAUUGAGCUGCUCUACUCGAGAGCUGCGGAACUACGGGCAAUGUUUACGGACACGUUGAAUAAAGCAUCGCAGGCCUAUAAAGUCCACACGCCAUUACGAAUGAUAUCAUUAUCACUAAAGUCUAAGGAAGUUCAAUCGAAAUUCAACAAGUCAGAAGAGAUGACAGCGUAUAGGAACCUGCUCCUACUGCUGGUGAAACUAGUUCACGCUGAUCCCAUGCUCAUGUUGAGUAAUCGCAGCCGUACGGGGAUAGAGAUCCAAUCGUCUACUAUGGAACUGAUCAACGGGCUCGUAUCACUUGUUCAUCACACCGGGAUGGAGGAGAUAUCCCAGGAGGCGAUGGACGCGCUGCUCGCCCUGCACAGGCCGGAUAGGGUGCACAUGUGGAACCCUGAAGCGCCGGUCGACACUUUCUGGGAUUUCAGCUCGCAAGUUCUGUACAACAUAAGUCAGAAGCUGAUCCAGCGACAGAUCGGGAACUAUCGCGAAGUGCUGCGUUGGCUGCGCGACGUGCUGACAUGCCGGAACGAGUUCCUCGCCAAGCACAAGGAGUACGCCAACGUCGGCUCACAGAUACUGUUAUGCAAACCGGCGCAUAUUCAGUUGGAGGUGGUGUUCUUCAUGUGCCUGUGGUCCGUCGACACGGAGGAGGUGCUGGUGGCCAUGUCGUGCUUCGCGCUGCUGUGCCAGGAGGCCGACACGCGCUGCGGCUCGGACGACGUGUCGGCGCACACGCUGCUGCCCAACUACGCCGUGUUCCAGGAGAUCGCGCACACCUCCACCGUGCUCACCACCGGUUCAGCAGCUCUUCAAAAACGUAUAAUGGCAUUGCUGAGGAAGAUAGAACAUUGCGUGAACGGUGUUCAGCCUGCCUGGGAGGAGACGUUUAUACGUUGGUGCUCGCUGUGCAAGCUGCUGCAGAAGUACCCGAAGGGCGUGGCGGGCGACGAGCCGCCCGAGCCGCCGCACAGCGACCACGACGGGGAGAUGCAAAUCCAGGAAUGGGCGAACAUGACCUCGUUCCUGUGCGCUCUCGGUGGAGUUUGUCUUCAACGUAAGCCGGCCCCCGUGUGGUCUCAAUUGCACACUCACGAUGAGAACAUUGAUUUGUUUAUUUAUCAUUGUAUUAUUUUGUAUGACGUUAUCAGAGUGGGAUGGAACCUUGUCAAAAGUAAAUCGAACAAAGGAGCGAUAGCAAAGAAUAUCAUUUCUAUUUCAGAUACCAGAAAGUAUAAUGUUUUAGCAAACAUUUGCACAGAAGUCAGACAAUUCAUUGGCCAGCUAUUGAGAUUACUACUCUACAGUAAGGAACGCUUCGGCGCCCAAAUACAGAGUCACUUCAAGGAAUUGGUCGACAACGAAAUGUCUCCGGCACUGUACCCGAUACUAUUCGAUUAUAUAAGAGUAACAGUCGACUACUUCUUCGAUCAGCAACAACAGGUGAUGCUAACAGAUAUAAACACGCAAUUCGUCGAACAUACGAUAUUCAUAAUGAAAAGUAUAUUGGAUAAUAAGAAGAACGACCAGCCCUGUGAACAUUUUAGCACUACUUCCAUCGAAGGAUUGAUGUUAGAUAUUGUUAGAUACGUCCAUCACCUAGACAUGACGGUGCAGUCCGUACAUAUCAAGACGAAGCUCUGCCAAGUCGUUGACGCAAUGAUGAGGCGGAGAGAUGACCUAGCUGUCAGACAGGAGAUGAAGUUCCGCAAUAAAAUGGUGGAGUACGUCACAGACUGGGUCCUCGGGACCUCCCAUCAAAUCGCACCGCCCCUGAGAGCGGACGCUUCCUCCAUUACCAGGGAGCUGGACCAGGCCUGCAUGGAGACCGUGGCGGCGCUGCUUAAAGGUCUGCCGCUGCAGCCCAAGAUGUCCGACCGUGGAGACCUCAUGGAGACCAAUAGCCAGCUUUUCUUGAAGUAUUUCACUCUAUUCUUGAACUUACUGAACGAUUGCAACGAGGUCGAGCUGACGGAGGGCCCGGGACGUCUGGCGACCUUGAGGAACGCGACCAUCCAGGCCAUGUCCAACUUACUCUCCGAGAAUAUCAAAUUCGGACUCACGCAUAGUAUUGAUUUGUGUUACCAUCGCGAUUUACAAAUGCGAGCUGCAUUCAUGGAAGUUUCGACAAAGAUCCUGCAGCAAGGCACAGAGUUCACAGCAGACACCCUGGCAGAGACCGUUCUGGCGGACCGCUUCGAGCAGCUCGUUCAGCUCGUCACCAUGAUAUCGGUUAAGGGUGAGCUGCCGAUCGCUAUGGCGCUGGCGAGCGUGGUGGGCUCCGCUCAGAUGGACGAGCUGGCGCGCGUGCUGGUGUCGCUGUUCGACGCCAAGCACCUGCUGGCGCCGCUGCUCUGGAACAUCUUCUACCGGGAGGUCGAGGUCUGUGCGGUCUCGGACUGCAUGCAAACGUUAUUCAGGGGGAAUUCGCUGGGCAGCAAAAUUAUGGCCUUCUGUUUCAAAAUAUACGGCUACGGAUACCUCCAGAGCUUACUGGAGCCGCUGAUAACAGCGCUGCUGGACCAGGCGGAUUGUAACGCUAGUUUGAGCUUCGAAGUCGACCCCGCUAGGCUGGACCCGACCCACGACAUAGAAAUCAACAGGAACAAUCUCCGAAACCUGACACACGAGGUCUUCGAGAGGAUCAUCGGUUCCGCCGAUAAAUUCCCUUCGCAGCUGCGGAGCAUGUGUCAUUGCUUGUACCAGGUCCUAAGCAAGAGAUUCGUCCAGUUUCCGCAGACAAGUGUGGGAGCGGUUGGUACCGUUUUAUUCUUACGGUACAUAAAUCCAGCCAUAGUGUCCCCUCAGGAGAUGGGAAUAGUGAAAAAACCCAUUCCACCUCACAUCAAGAGAGGGCUCAUGCUCAUGUCGAAGAUUCUGCAGAACAUCGCGAACCACAUGGAGUUCUCCAAGGAGCAACAUAUGUUGCCCUUCAACGAUUUCCUGAGGGAACACUUUGAAGCUGGACGAAAGUUCUUCAUAGAGAUAGCAUCGGACUGCGAGACGGUGGACCAGACCUGGCACAACCUAUCCUUCAUCAGCGACGUCAACGUGGUGGCGCUGCAUCGCCUGCUGUGGAACCACCAGGAGAAGAUCGGAGACUACCUGUCCUGCAGCCGUGACCACAACGACGUCGGGCGGCGACCCUUCGACAAGAUGGCAACACUUCUCGCCUGUUUGGGACCACCUAAACAUAAGCCUGUGGAAUCCGCUUCACGUCUUCUGUUCUCGUCGUACGCGCGCUGGUCUUCCAUUGACAUGUCGUCAACGAACUUCGAGGAGUUUAUAGUCAAGCACAAUAUGCACCAGACAGAAGAAUAUAAGAGCAUAAAGAGUUUAAAUAUCUUCUACCAGGCCGGCACCAGCAAGAUCGGGAACCCGAUCUUCUAUUUCAUUUCUAGGAGAUACAAGAUUAGUGAAACAAAUGCGGACUUGCUCAUAUACCACGUGAUUAUAACCCUGAAGCCGUUCUGCCAGCAACCGUUCGAGUUGAUCGUCGACUUCACACAGACGAACUCGGAUAACCGGUUCAGGACGGACUUCCUGCAGAAGUGGUUCAGCGUGCUCCCCAAGGUGGCGUACUCCAACGCGCACGCUUGCUACAUCUACAACUGCAACAGCUGGGUGCGGGAGUACACCAAGUUCUACGAGUCCAUCCUGGCGCCGCUCAGGGGCAAUAGAAAGCUCAUAUUCAUAGAUAACCACAGUCGCCUCAGCGAUUACGUUGAUCCGGAACAGCAGAAGUUACCAGGAGCGAUUUUGGACUUGGAAGAAAAUCUGAAGGUCUUCAAUAAUGCUUUGAAAUUGUCGCACAAAGACACCAAAGUUGCCAUAAAGGUGGGACCUACGGCUCUUCAAAUAACGUCAGCGGAGAAGACGAAAGUGUUGGGUUUGCCAGUUCUCUUGAACGACGUUUACUACGCUUCGGAGAUUGACGAGGUGUGUCUCGUGGACGAAAACCAGUUCUCGCUGUCCAUCAUCAACGAGUCGACCCCUCUGAGCUUCAUCCACUACGACUGUGACAACAUCGUGCAGUCCAUCAUACAUAUCCGGAACAGAUGGGAGCUGAGUCAGCCUAACUCGAUGCCGGUCCACCAGUAUAUCCGGCCCAAGGACGUCCCGUGUUCGCUGCUGAACAUGGCGCUGCUGAACCUCGGCUCCAGCGACCCCACGCUGCGGACGGCCGCCUACAACCAGCUGUGCGCGCUCAUCGCCACCUUCCACCUCAAGAUCGAGGGGCAGCUGCUGGACACUUCGGGACUCUGCACUCCUUUCAACAACACGAUCUUCAUAAAGUCGGUCAGCGAGAAACUCGCUCACAACGAACCGCACCUGACCCUCAGGUUCCUGGAGGAAUGUAUACGGGGUUUCCGAGUAUUGACCAUUGAGCUGAAACAUUUGUGCCUAGAAUACAUGACGCCUUGGUUGGCUAACUUAGCCAGAUUUUGCAAGCCGUCCGAUAACCCAUGGCAUCAAAAGCGAGUAGACCAUUACAUACAAAUUUUAGAAAAACUGAUCACUCUAACCAUUGAGGAGACAGAAAUGUACCCCUCGGUGCAGGCUAAGAUCUGGGUCUCCAUCGGCCAGGUGCCCGAACUGAUCGAUACGGUGCUGGACAGCUUCAUACAGCAAAGCGUCAACUCUGGUCUCGGAUCUCCAGUGGUCGAGAUAAUGGCGGAUACGGUGGUGGCCUUGGCCUCCGCGAACGUUCAGCUCGUAUCUAAGAAAGUUAUCGUCAGAAUGUGUAAUUCGUACUAUUAUUAUAAAUCUCCUGAGCAAAAAUCCAUACUAAUAAACAAGUAUCAACGUCUCGCGAGCAUCGACGCGAGUUUGCCGAUGUCUGACGUCACCGCUGGCGGUGGAGACGUAUUCUAUUUCCAAAAAGUCGGAUCCCAUUCUGAUCGCGCGCGGAUUAUGCAAUUGACCAUCUCUGCGACCCUUGACAUGUACGAACACCUAUCAUCCUGCAGGCUCUGUCCAAACCCAGUUAUAGUUAAGACUUGCCAAUCGUCGACGGCGAAGCUGAAACAACAUAUAAUGUGUGAUGAUAUUGCCAUCCUCGCUAGAUUCUUGCUGAUGCUGUCCUUCAACAACUGCCUGGACGUGGCGAGCCACCUGCCGGACCUGUUCCACACGGUGACGUUCCUCGUGUGCUCGGGCACCGUGUCCAUGCGCGCCGCCACGCACGGGCUCGUCAUCAACAUCAUACACUCGCUCUGCACCUGCAACUCGCCCAGCUUCUCGGAGGAGACGCGGCGAGUCUUAAUGUUAUCAUUGGACGAGUUCGCUUUGCCGAAAUUCUACCAAAUGUUCGGUAUAUCUAAAGUGAAGUCAGCUGCCGUGACCGCGUUCAGAAGUCCCUACAACAGACACACUGCAGAAUGGUACUCGGAGCAUUCGUACACUUGCUCGGAAUUGAGUUGUGGAGCGCCUUCAGCAUCCGGAGGUCUAGUGGGUGCCCUCACAGGGGCUCAGCCGGGCGGCUCGCAGUCUGACCGCGAAUGUCUUCCACUACAGUCGUUGGAGAUCAUCGCAGACGCGUUGCUCGAGGUCAUGGAGACGUGUAUGAAGGAUAUACCGAACUGUGACUGGUUGAACACGUGGACAUCUUUAGUGAAGAACUUUGCGUUUUGCUACAACCCGGCGCUUCAGCCGCGUGCGUUGAUCGUGUUCGGAUGUAUCAGUAAGCACGUAACAAAUGACGAUAUGAAGCAACUCCUGCGCAUGCUCGCGAAGGCAUUGGAGUCGUUCAACGAUGUGGCGCUGCUGGAGGCCAUCAUCAUGUGCCUGACGAGACUGCAGCCACUGUUACACCCAGAAUCACCAAUCCACAAAGCGCUGUUCUGGGUCGCGUUAUCCGUUCUACAGUUGGACGACCCGACGCUAUACGCGGCCGGUCUCGCCCUGAUGGAACAGAAUUUACACACCCUGGACUCGCAAGGAGCUUUUGAUAAUAAAACAUUGGAGGAUGUGUUGAUGGAAACACGGAAGCCCCUCGAAUGGCACUUCGAGCCACUCGAUCACGCCGUCGGACUGAGCUUCCGCUCCAACUUCCACUUCGCGCUGGUGGGCCACCUCAUCAAGGGGUUCCGCCACCCGGCGGGCGGCACGGUGUCGCGCGCGUGCCGCGUGCUGUCCGCGCUGCUCGCCCUCGCCGCGCGCCCCGCCCGCGACAAGUUCCAGCUCACCACGCGCACCGUCGCCUACCUCACGGCGCUGGUGUGCGUCAGCGAGGAGGUCCGGUCGCGGUGUCCCGUCGAGCGCUCGCUGCCGAAAUGGUUGCCGGAUAAUUGCGACCACUACUGUCCCGCCGUUGAACGCCGUCGGGAUAGCGAAGGUCGUGCUCACAGUGUGCAGCACGGUGCGACCGGGGACGCCGCGAGGGACUUGGAAAUUGACAGCGGACUCGACCCGGUAGACGAUGACGGUCGUGGUUCUCCCGGCAGCACGGACGAGACUGAACGCCCUUCGUCCACCAAGUCUGGCGAUAGCGAUUGCCCGGAUGCCGCUACGAAGCAAUCAUCUCAAGACAAAGAGUCUAGCAGUCCGGAAUGCAACUCGCUGCUAGACCCGUCCGUGCUCUGCGACUUCACCACGCAGGCGCUCGUCUUGACCGUUCUCGCCACACUGGUUAAAUAUACCACAGAUGAAGAUGAAAUAAGGAUACUGUACCAGUACCUGGCGGAGGGCUCAGUGGUGUUCCCGAAAGUGUUUCCCGUCAUCCACAGUCUCCUGGAUAUGAAGAUCAACCAUGUUCUAAUGCAUUGCCACGAUCAAGUGAUUCUGAGCGCGGUACAGAGCAUCAUACAGAAUAUGAUAGCGUCGGAGGACGCGAGUCAGCAGCAGCUGCACUACAUGCAGAGUUGCGGCUUCGGAGGCCUCUGGAGGUUCGCGGGGCCCUUCACCAAGAACCAGUGCACGGUGGUGAGCAGCAAGCUCGUGUUCUGCCUGAGGAUGAUGGUGCAAACCUGUCUCCCGGAUGACGACUGCGUGCGGCAACCGCCCCCCGACCCCGACCGACCCGAUCGACUCGACCGACCUGAGCGCCACUCGACCUGCACGACCUCGACCAGUGGUUUCCGGGGUAAUCGCCAACCUACAAUAUUCUGUCCAGAUCAAGAGUCGUAGUUUAAUAAUGACGCGUUGGCAAUUGCAGAAAAAACUGCAAACGAAAAUUAAUAAUAUAAAAAACAAAGACCUUAAAAAAAAUGGUGCAAAUAUCCACAAACGUAAAAAAACAAUGAAUCGAGGAAAGGAACAAAGCAUUCUGUGCCCUAUUGCUAAAAGGCCUAAAGUAUAUUUUUGAUUCAAAUGUAAAUAUCAUUUGCUAAAUCGUUUAAAAAUAAUAAAAUUAAUUUGCAACACGGCAUAAAGUUCAUAUUGUUCAUACCAACAGUACUAUACAAAAGGGUUAUGUUAUAUUGAACAAAGAACAUCUAAUCCUCGUUUCUAUUUACAUAUAUAACAAAAGAAAAGGUUAUUGAUAUAGGCCCUUCUAGCACCGGGACACAGCGUUAUAUAUAAUAAUAAUUAAUAUGCUAUUAGUUAAUUACUAAAUUUACGCGCAAAAUGUAUUUAAUACCGAUAUAAUUACAGUAAAUACACAGUAGCACUUCUCUUUUUUUCAAUUUCAAGUUCAACUAGUUCCGUUACAAACUUCAUCGACAUUCCAAAUGAUUUAUUCGCGAAUCCAUAAUGAUUAAAUACGACUUAAUUGAUUAUUUAUAUCUCGACCAAUGACGUCAUAUCCAUGUAAUGUCAAAGCUCUUUAUUUAUCUUUAAUCCUUGUUUUAGUUCUCACACGUAUUUUAGAUUUCGACCAAUGACGUCACGCCGAUUCAAGGUCAAUAGUUGUUUGUUUAUCUGUCACUCUGACGUCAUUGGAAUCGAUUAUCAAUGUUGAUCGAAUCGGCAACAAGCCGAGCCCAUUAUUGUUUCACUUGAAUUUAUAUAUAUAUUAUUGUUUUCAUGCUGGAUGAAGUAAAUUUAUUUUUAUAUAUAUCGGCCGUGUGAACAGGCGUUAAAGUAAGUGUCCUGUGCUCCUGCUUCUGAACUGCUUGAGCUGGUCAUGUUAUAUGAGAUCACGUCGGGGUUCACCAAAGGGGUCACCAAUUAUACCUUCCUUACCUUAAACUUCAAUUAAAUUCGACGUCCGAUUAACACCUGGGUCACAGAGCGCCUGAAUAUAAUUACACAUGUGUGCACACGGCACAUAUACAUUUCUAUAAACACAAAAUCUAGACAAGCAUCCAUACAUCGAUAUAUAUUUUGCCCAUAACACUUAGGUGCAGUUAGGUUUUGUUUUCUUUUAAAACGUUGCACAAUGAUGAUUAAAAAAUGCUAUGAUAGUUUUAAAGAACGCGUAGCUGAUAGUAUUCGAAAUGACCCGAACAUAUUUUUGGAACUUUUUUAAACAACAAAGAAAAAAUGCCACUAAACGUAUACCAAACGAAAUGUCUCUAGAUGACCACGUAGUGAAGGGAGGGAAAGAUAUAUGCAACGCUUUUGCUAAAUAUUUCGCAUCGGUAUAAAUAGAAAGCACAAAUUAUGAGGUAGUAAAUAGUUCUUCGACAUUAAUUUUGAACAAUCGAACUCAAUUUCGGAAUUCUUAUGCACCAUUUAAUAAUUGUAAGCUUACUGAAGAUGAAGUUUUCAAACAACUCUCUACCUUAGAUCCACUUAAGGGGUCCCUUAAGGGGCCCAGAUUAUCUAGCUCCGAUAUUCCUGAAAAAAUGCGCUAAACAAUUGGUUGCACCACUAACACUUAUUUAUAAUUGUUCUUUGCAAACAGGUAUAUUUCCAGCUAAAUGGAAAAUUGCUCAAGUAACUCCGAUACAUAAGUCCGGAAAUUCAAAAGAUAUUACAAACUAUAGGCCUAUAUCUAUUUUAUCCGUAUGUGGAAAGAUUUUGGAAGGCAUCUAAGAUAUCCGGUCUAGUUUUUAGGCAAAUGAAAAUAUUUAAGGACCAUAACUUGUCAAUUCUUGUGUUCAAUAGUAUUGUACGUAGUAUCCUUGAGUAUUGUGGCACUGUUUGGAGUCCAGGAUACCAAGUUCACUCUGUACCACCUAUCGUACACGGACUUUAGAUGUAGCCAACUGUUUUCAUACGAAUCUCGUCUUACUCAUUAUAAUGUGAGGUCACUCAAGGAGCGUCGAAGGGUUGCAGAUGUGAUUUUUUUGUCUAAAUUAAUAAAUGGCCUAAUUGAUGCACGCAGUCGCAGUGCCUCGUGACGGUAGCCGCUUACAGAAUCGCAAGACGUUUUGUUUGCCUCAUACAAGAAGCAAUCCGCUGUAUAGAAUGCUAUCUUUUGCUAACUGUUUUAGAGA